AUCUUUAUUAUGCGGUUACUCGAGCUAAGCAUUACCAUGACAUACUCGAUAUGCUUCUUCAUAAUUUUUACAAAGGUGUGCUUGACAUGCUCGAAAAAGAAAUCGGCGGGAAGACAGGGAGGUGAUAAGAAAAAUCAAGGAAGAAUUGGCGGUGGUUCGAAAGAGAAGCUAGCUGCCAAACGACGGAAAAGCAUUGACUUUACUAAAAUGAAAGAAGAGCAACCCACACAAGAAGAGGAAAUUUCGCCAAAAAGAACUCCACUCUCAAAAGAACAUGACUCAGUACAACAGAAGAUAAUUUCCAAAGAAAACUGCUCGGGGGAGCAGAAGGCUUCGGCGUCUAGAGAUUCAGCAGAAGUGCUGGGCUCGAAAGAAGCUAAUCAAAAACCUCAACAAGCCGGUGCUGUCAAAAACGAGCGUGAUGAGCAUAUGGGUGGAUAUCUAUCCGCUGGACCAGAUGAUCGAGCGUUCACUCUCCUUAUGCCAGUAGUACCGAUGAAGGAGGAAACUGAAGGAAAAAGUAUGUUUGGAGAGGUUAUUGAUCCUUUGAAAGAAAAAGACAAGAGCCAAUGGAAUCAACAGGAAAACGCGGUGGAUGUGGAACCUUAGUAGGGAACGCCAAUCCUGCCUUGACAUAUUGGAUUAUUCAAGUCUUUACCGAAAAAAAUCUACUUCAAACAAGCACUCUCUCAAUAAACAUACUUUGGG